AUCGAUUUCCGCGCGAAAAUGUCAAGAUUGUAUGUUGGAUACCGUUGUUUACAUGGUUAGACGCGUGGUUUUGUGAGAUAUUUGUGCACAAAAGCACGGACUUCUUCGUAGGGGGCUUUCCAAUUGAAAUGAAACCACAUGUACAGCUGAUGUUUGACUGACCAAGUGAUCUACAGAUGGCUGUUGUUUGACCAACGCCUUUUUCAAUACAUGUGAUUUUGCUCAUCCAACUGAUGUAUAGACAGUACAAAAGCAGUGUUCACUCAGUAGACACUCUACUGGAGAAGAGUUUCUCAAACCUCUCAGUGACAGAUUUAAAUAAGAAUAUUGAUGCAAGGGAGGAAACUGAGGGAUGCAAUGGCGCCACUCCAGAGACAGAGUUGCCUACCUUAGACCACAGUGUUCUGACAGCAGUGGAGAAAUGCUGGGAGGAGAUUGCUCUCCAGUGUUCACAAUACGAGGAGAACCAGCCAUACACACAAGUACCUGAUGAUGGAGAUUGGAAGACGUUGCGCGUAUUUGUGUCCUCAACAUUUACAGACUUCUUUUGUGAGCGGGAAAUUCUUGUGAAGAAGGUGUUUCCAGAGUUUCGGGAAUGGUGUCAGGCCCGUAAGCUGUAUUUAGUAGAGUGUGACCUGCGAUGGGGUGUCCCUAAUGACUCAACUACGGCGCUCACGAUUUCCAUGUGCCUGGAUGAGCUGGAUCGAUGCCUGGCGGAAACUGGUGGGCAGCCUCUAUUCUUGAACCUGCUUGGAAAGAAAUACGGGUGGUGUCCCAGUGAGACAGACGUGCCUGAAGAUGUGAAGACAAAGUUUGACUGGGUACAGGGCACUUCCAUUACAUUCAUGGAAAUACUGCACGGAGCAUACAGAUUGAAGAAUCCGAAUGCACUGUUCAUGCUGAGGACAGAGUCCAUUAUUGAACACAUUCCUGAGAAUAUGCUGUCACGCUAUGCAAGCACAGAUGCCCUAGAUGUCCAACAUAUGAAGAAACUGAAAGCAAUGUUGAAGUCACGAUUUCCAGACCAAGUGCACCAUUAUGAUUGCCAGGUGGAAGGAAUGGUGCAGAAACACGGCAAAGACAUGCCAAACAUUGUGGGGCUGGAGAAGUUUGCAGAGCAGGUGCUUCACUUCCUGAAGUGUGCGGCAGAAAGGUUGUAUCCUGACAGGGACGUGGUCUCCACUCAUCAGUCCAGGGUGCUAGCAGAAGAUGCCAAUCAGAAGAAGUUCCUUGAAGAUGCUAAAAAUUCAUUGGUUGCCAGGCAAGAGGAAGCACAGCUGAUAUGGUCAUUUGUUGAGGGUGACACAUCCCGGCUGGAAGAAGGAGAGAUUGGCACACCAUUUGCUAGAAGUGUAGAUUUCUGGCAUGACCUGGUUACCAUUGACAACAACAUCCUGUGUAUCCAAGGGCAACCAGGCUAUGGGAAGACAACUCUGCUGGCUUAUGUGGCUGACAAAGCUAUUAAGUCUGGAUAUCGUGUAUUCUACCAUUUCCGAGGCAGCACUCAAGAGGGUCACGAAGUUACCUUGCUUCUUCAGAGAUUAACUGCCUUCCUCUCUGGGGAUUACUCAGAAGAAAGUGUUGAGCAUCUUUCUCAAAACUACACCAAUGAAGACUUGGCGAAGAAAGUCCGAGAUCUGUUAGUAGGGAUGACAAAAGAUACAGGAGCAGCACAGAAAGUGGUCAUAGUCAUUGACGCAUUGGAUGUGCAAACAGUGCCAGGUCUCGUCAACCACCUCUCCUGGCUGCCACCUCACUUCCCAAUGAACGUGCGUGCCUUGGUCAGCACCAGCAACCUUGACCCACCAACCCUGGCAAGGAUACGGGAAUAUCCAUAUUUUCUCCUGCAUCUGGACCAGUUGACGAAAACAGAUGCCAAGCUGAUUGUAACGUCUUUCCUGUCCAGGUUUAACAAGAUACUGGAUUCGGGUCAGUUGCAGACAAUCAUUGAUUCCAAGUGCUCGGAAAGCCCUCUAUGGUUGUACCUGGUCUGUGAGGAGCUCCGUAUCUAUGGAGACUUUAGGACUCUGACCAAUCACCUGAAGGCCAUCACAACUUCUCUAGAAGGAACGGUAGAUGCCAUAGUAGAGAGACUAGUAUCUGAGGAUGACACUGGCUGCAUGGAAAGGGCGCUGGGACUCAUCUGCUGCAGUAUAGGUCAGCUGACGUGCCUUGAUCUGCAGAGGAUGCUGGGUAAUAUCGAGGCACAGGAACCGCUGGCCUCCCUCACCUGGGCAUCGCUAAGGAGGAACCUCCAGGCGUACCUUCGUAUAGCUGACUUCAAUGAUGUCAUCAUGUUUGUUCAUGACCAGAUGAAACAGGUUGUAUAUAGAAAGCUUGUACAAGACAAGAAUUGUUUGGAGAAGUACCAUAAACUCUUUGCUGAUUACAUUGAAUGGUGGAGUGACAGUAGGGAACUGAAGAUGCAUAGUCUGCCACAUCACUUUGUGGCUGCAAAAUUGAAUAGAAGACUCAUCAAUUUUCUGAGGAACACCAAAGAAGGUGGUGAAUUGCCAUUUUUUCAUCGGAGCGGUUACUUUCAACGGAUGAGAUGCAACAUGCUGGCUGAUCCAGUCAUCAAAGGUGUGCAGCCGGCGGUUAUCUGUACUUUUUGCAAGAAUAGCCGGUCUGUGUACCACCCCUCACGAUUGUUCACAAAUGAGUCUAUGUGUGUCGUGUGUGGUAACCAGACUGUGAGGGUGCCACAGCUCACUAAAGAUGCGUUCUAUUGUCAUUGGCAUUCUGUAAAUAUUCACCCCACCAUGAGGAAAUGUUGUCUGUGUGGAGGAAUUGCAGAUCGAAGCACAGUCCCAGCAAAGUUGUGUUCCAACUGUAGUUUUGGUAACUCCGGGAAUCAGUGUUGCAUUGUUGAUCCAAAAUGAAACCAUGACUGUGUAAAAGCGGAGGGAUAUAGAUUUGGCGUUGUCCAUCCGUCCACCUUUCCAUCUGUCUGUCUUUCCGUCAGUCUGUCCCUCUGUCACAAAAUUUUUCAUUGCUAUAUCUCAGAAACUAUACAAGAUAUCAACAUGAAACUUCAUGGGUGUAUACCUAGAUAGCAAUGAGUAGAAGUGCCAUGUACAUAAGCCAUAACCCUACACUUUCUCAAAUAAGAGUUAUUGCCCUAUUUUACGAUGUAAAUUGUCAGGGCUAUAUCUCAGAUUCAAUAAAAGACUUAAACAUAAAACUUCAUGGGUGUAUUGAUAUCAACUAUGAGAAAUGCCAUGCACAAGAACCAUAACACUAGACUUCCUUAAGUUAGGGUUAUUGCCCUUUGUUGUUUUUGUAUUGUGUAACUUGUUAUGGCUUUAUCUCAUAUAGGCUACAAGACUUCAAUUUAAACUUUAUGGGUGUGUAGAUAUCAAAGAGGAGAAUUACAAUGCAUAAAAACAACUAUCCUACACUUAAAUAUUUUUUAAGGUUAUACCUUACAUCAAGGGAUUUGCACCCAUCCAUAAACAAACUGUAUUGUUUCUAUGGCUUGUUGAGCUUCAUUCUGGAAAAAAUUGGACUUAUCAGUUACUACAUUCUCCGCUUUAAUGGUAUUUUUUUGCUUACAUGAAGUCUCUUUUAAGCAAAAAUCUAGUUUAGGCAGAAAGUGAAGUUCCUAAUUAUCCUGGGCGGACCGCUGAGGGUAAUGUGAGAUGUCAUUUAGCCUUUUACCACUUUCCUAGAACGUUACUCAUAUGUCCCCCUUCCCCCUCUCUUCCUCACCUCUUUUUCUAUCCCUUUUCCAAGUAUUGAAGCUGUUUGUUACUGUCAUAAGUACACAGUCCCAGUGUCAGAGAUUGUCAUGAUAAUUUAAGUGAUGUACCCAUGUGUGUAUGAUCUUUUUAAAUGAUGUGCAAAGUAAAUUAAGCAUGAAGUAAAACGGAGUAUAUAAACUAAUAGUGAUUUUAUAUUAUUUUAUACUGUGUUUAUAGAAUAUCUCCGAAUGUUUAUAAGUUUUGAGUAUGUUUAAAGAUUGUUUAUGUUUUCCUAGAAUACCGUAUGUAUUGCAUGUUUUUUUAAACACUGUAAUUGGAAAUAUUUUAGGUUAUUUAGAAAGUUUGUCUCUAGUACCUCUAUUCUGAUUGGGUUUGUGAUAAUUUUUUGUCAUGAGUGCAGAAUGAAAGAUAAAGCAAUUAUUUAGUCUGUGUGUCUGUCUAAUUGUGUGCACUUUGUACUAACCAGAGUACAGAGGAACAGCGUGAGGAGGUUAAGUGGUGGUUGCAAUAUGAUGGAAAUAUUCUUGAAAAGGCAUGAACAACAACGAACAAAAUACUGUACAAUUACAUUCCAAUUUAGAAAAAAAAUCCACACAUUUGUUCUAAAUACAUGACUGCGCUUCUAAAAUGAACCGCAUCUCUGUAUUAUACAUUCCAUGAAUUCCUUCUACAAACGACUUAAUAAAAAAGUACUGAAAAACAUGUUCAGCUCUUUAUAUAAUGUUUAGUCCUACUAUGUCUGGUUGGAAGUUCAUAUAAAGGCAAUAUUAGUGUUUGCUGUUGUUAUUUUUUGAUUAUUCAGUUUUUAUAUGUUAGGGUUGAGAAAAUUUAACUGAUUUUUAUAAGGAUCUUAUGUACAUGUAGUUGUUAUUUGGGAAGGUUGAAUGAUAUUUUAGAAAAUGUGUUACUUGUUUUAAAGGGGCCUUUUCACAGAUUUUGGCAUGUAUUUAAGUUUGUCAUUAAAUGCUUUAUGUUGAUAAAUGUAAACAUUGGAUCUUAAAAGCUCCAGUAAAAAAAAGUAACACUCAACUGGUCUCGAACCACGGACCCCUAGAGUUAAAUUCUAUCGCUUAGACCACUCGAACAUCUGUGCUCAUACAAUGAGCGAUGUAUUUUAUACUUUAUAUAAGCAAUCUUCAUAGUAUCUCAAAAUAUAACGACAACAACAGAACUCCAAAUUAUUCAAUCGUUUUGCGUUGCAACGCUUUAUAUUUUUCAGGUUUUUAAAGCGUCAAAAUAUGCAUACUAUGUUCAGAAUUACUGUUUUCUCACAAAUAUCAUAACUACAACGAAAAUUUGGGAAUUUGAAGCCUUUUUGUUUUAAUUUUGUUUAUUUACCAAAACGUGAAAUGUACCCUUUAAAUAAAGGGAUGUACAUUUCAACAAAAGACUCGCAAAGUAUUUGUUAUGCAUAAAGUAUAUUUUAAUUUUGUUAUUAUAAGAUUGUGCGUAUAGUCUAUAUUAAUGUUUUAAAUAGUUAUUAGUGUAUUCCAACAGUAAGCAGUUAUAAUACUGCAGUGUAAAACAUAUGCUGUAUUUGUUUAUAUAUUUGCUGUGAUAACAGUUGAAGUUUUAUUUCAAAUUUGUUAUUAAUUUGUUAUUUAUACCUUAAAUUUUAAUAAGACUGCAUUUAUUAUAGAUAUUGCAUUUUAUUGUAUUGAAUAGUAAAUGUUUUGUUUUGUUCUUACAUACUUCUAACUAAAAUUGUAUAUGCCCACUUUGGAUGAGUAGAAUGAUGUUUUUUUUUGCAAAAUAAUGUCCCUUUAUUUCUCAAAUAUAUAAUAUAUAGAUGCCUGAAACAUGUGUUUUCAACCCACUUUAACCCUUUACCACUUAGAUUUUGACUUAUUUGUAGUUCCUUAGAAAGUUAAAUAUAAAAAAAGACCUUUCUUACUGUAUUCAAGUUUUAAAGGCUUCCUUUCCAACCCUUAGUUACUGAUGAGCAGCAGACAGCAUAAAACCUGAACAGACUGCGAGUUACUCGCAGGCUGUUCUGGUUUUAGGCUGUUUGCACGUCAUAGCCAUUUUCACUUUACUUCUGAGAGGGAAAGGGUUAAGUAGUUGGUGGAUGAACCUCAAUCUAAAGAGUUAAAUGACCAUUAACAUGUUUCAGUAGAUGAUUAGAAGGGAAAUAAUUUUUUCUUUGACACGUUUUGUAUUUAUAGUCCCUACUUGUUGUGUGCUCAACUUCUCUUUAACUAUUGGAUGGAUCUUCCUCAAAUGUUCACAGUUGAACGACAUCAUUGUGUAAAUGAUCUGUAAAAAAUCAUUUGGCUACACGUUUUGUAAACAUCAUGCCCUUUUGAAUGUUUUUCCAAUCAAAAUAUGGUGUUUGCAAUUUUCUUUUAACUACUGGGUGGUUUUUAAACGUUUACAGAUUAAUUACUUAAGUGUGUAUAUCAAUGUAAACAAAUGUUUUUUGACUGAGACCAAUUGUGGAUUUAUUAUGUCCACUGUAGACUAUAAUGUUGUCUUGUCUGUAUCCAAUAUGUGGUUGUCUGUGAUACAGGUCUAGUUUGUAUAUUGUGCAUGUUGAUAAUUAUCUAAAUAGGCCAUUGCAAAUAUUCUGAUAUAUCAUUGAUAAAAAAAUACACAAAUUUUAGUUUUUCCAUUUUUUGUUAUGUGAGUGUUUUAUCUUGACAUUUAUCUCGUUUAUGCUCUUUUUAUUAAAUGUUUAUUAAAUAUUGUUUAAUUUGUAUUUUUUAUUAUGUAUGCAUGCGAAAAUGGGUCUUAUGCCAUAGACGACAAGUGUAACUCCAGACCAGCUUACACAUCUGUGGAGUCUUGUCAGGGAGAUACCCUGUUGGCUAUAAAGUCACACAAGGUUUUGUGGUCUCAUAAGUGGACAGGGUAGCUCCUGACCAUACUGUGCCAAUGUGCAGGCUCAUCUGUAGAUACGCUGGCCCAUAAGGCAGUGUUCCUUUUUUCGCAUGAUGUGGGGCAAUUUUGAAAUUAUGCUUAAAAAAAGCAUACAACAUAAGCUCUGAAGAACUCUGUUUAAGACGUUCGAACCUAUUUGACGUAUCCAAUUUAAGCAUUGAAAUGUAAGAGAAACUUAAAAAACCUUGAUAGAAACAGAAAAAAAUCAUUUCAUUAUAAUUUGAAUCUUUGAAUGCGUACGUAAACAUUAAAUCAAAUUAAAUUCAGUUUAUAGUGAUAUACUUAAAAGAUGUAAGAAACUGAGUUGACUUUUCGAAACUUUGUUAUAUGCUCACAAAGGUUUGAACUUUCAGGAUAUGGAUCCUGCAUGCUUCUGGUGUAACUAUUUAUUAUAAAAAUUUAUGUUUUAUACACUUUUAGCAAUCACUGUAGCAAUUUUUUGGCAAGACUUUUCGAAGAAAAGGUAAACAAUUGUUAUGUUGACUAUAUGUAUUUUAUUUUGUAGCAUUUUAACACUGCUUAGCAAUAAAAUUAUAUAAACCAA